AGUAAAAAUGAGUGGAAGAGGCAAAGGAGGAAAGGGACUUGGUAAAGGAGGCGCCAAGCGUCACCGUAAAGUUCUCCGUGAUAACAUCCAGGGAAUCACCAAACCCGCCAUCCGCCGUCUGGCUCGCCGUGGUGGUGUGAAGCGUAUCUCCGGUCUGAUCUACGAGGAGACCCGCGGAGUGUUGAAGGUGUUCCUGGAGAAUGUGAUCCGUGAUGCCGUCACCUACACCGAGCACGCCAAGAGAAAGACCGUGACCGCCAUGGAUGUGGUUUAUGCUCUGAAGAGACAGGGACGUAGGAGUCCCCCGGCAUUCCACAUUAAGAGUAAACGAGAAGCAAUGGCAAGAACCAAGCAGACCGCACGUAAAUCCACCGGAGGCAAAGCCCCCAGGAAGCAGCUGGCCACCAAGGCUGCUCGUAAGAGCGCCCCGGCCACCGGCGGAGUCAAGAAGCCUCAUCGUUACAGGCCCGGUACCGUGGCUCUCAGAGAGAUCCGUCGUUACCAGAAAUCCACCGAGCUGCUGAUCCGCAAGCUGCCCUUCCAGCGUCUGGUCAGAGAAAUCGCUCAGGAUUUCAAGACCGAUCUGCGUUUCCAGAGCUCCGCUGUCAUGGCUCUGCAGGAGGCCAGCGAGGCUUACCUGGUCGGUCUGUUCGAGGAUACCAACCUAGCAGUACUAGCAAACAUGAGUGGAAGAGGCAAAGGAGGAAAGGGACUCGGUAAAGGAGGCGCCAAGCGUCACCGUAAAGUUCUCCGUGAUAACAUCCAGGGAAUCACCAAACCCGCCAUCCGCCGUCUGGCUCGCCGUGGUGGUGUGAAGCGUAUCUCCGGUCUGAUCUACGAGGAGACCCGCGGAGUGUUGAAGGUGUUCCUGGAGAAUGUGAUCCGUGAUGCCGUCACCUACACCGAGCACGCCAAGAGAAAGACCGUGACCGCCAUGGAUGUGGUUUAUGCUCUGAAGAGACAGGGACGUACUCUGUACGGUUUCGGAGGUUAAAUCUGAUCCUGACCCGUUG